GCGCUCGCCAACAGCACUUGCCCCGGCAGUCUGCUGAAGCUACACGGGGGAUCUUUGUGUGUGUGUGUUGGGGUGGGGUUGGAGUGUUCACGUGUCGACUCAAUGUUCCCCGUGCAGUUCACAUUCCGUCCAGUUUCGGCACGGGCUUCACAAUCACUCAGAGCACACACACCACGCACCAUACAUACGACGUCCUCCCUUCCUCUAUGUUACAACAUCGGUGUGCUGCUGUGCUGUCGCCGCUACUGCUGCUUCUGCUGCCAUCCAACAACCUUCUUUUAACCCUGUACACAACACCAUGGUGCUCACCAAUGUCAUAAGCUGCCGUCUUGUGAGCCACCAGUGACGGCGGGGGGUGGCUGCUUCUGAGCGAGGUUCGCCGCUCCGUGCGGCGGGAGACGGCACUUUCAGCGGAAAUCGGAGCGAUAUUAUGACCGUAGCGGCCUCGGCUACGGAUGAGGCCACUUUCAAGGCCAACGUUAUGGCAUUGAAUGGCACGGACCCGAGCGAGGAUGCCCCGGCAGGCACGGGCGGCAGCUACGGCGCCGUCUUCCUCGUGCCGGCGUUCAUCCUCGUGGGGUUGCUCGGCAUCCUCGUGUGCCACAUCCUCAAGAAGAAGGGGUACCGCUGCACGUCCACGCCUGAGCCAGGGACCUCGCACGAGGACCUCAAGGAUGCCGAAAACGGACACACGUGCGUAAAGGGAGGCUUCGAGGGCCACGAGGACACGGUGGGAGCCAUCGCGAGACUCAUCACGGAGAACCCCGCCAAUGCCGAGGCCCUCAAGGAGAUGCAAGCUGAGCAGUGUGAACCGGACGUGAGCCUUGAGAGCCCCACGUCUCCGGACCAGACGGUGUUGAGCCUGGACGACUCGCACGCCAUGCACAAGCACAGCCACACGAUCCACGGGGUCUCAUCCAACUCAGGCUGCGCUCGCUGCACCAAGGAGUGGCAGGAGGCAGCCGGCAAGGCGCGCAGCCAGAGCCGUAACAAAGGCGGCGCACGGCCGCUCCGGCCUGGAGAGAAGACGGUGCUGGCCGUGGGAAGGUUCCGCGUAAUGAAAAUCCCGGAGCGGGACCGAAAGCAAGGGAUGUCGGAUCAGCGAGCCAGCGUCAUGGACGGCAGCACGGCGGAAGUGGAGGCUAAGCCCCUGUCACCAACGCGCAUCAAGUGGAAGAAGUCGUGGUCGCCAAGCAAAGACGACUCGAUAUCUGACUCAAAGGCCUGAACGGACGUAUACGAACUAUAAUACUCAAUUCUCCUCGUCUACGACUAAUAACUACAAUAAUAUUGAUCACAGUAAUAAGCAAAAUGCACGCUCUGUAUUAUUUUACAAUGGCUAUUUUGUCAAUUUCCUGAGCAGCGUGGUUCUCAGUUGUGAAAGAACACGUUCAAAUUCCAGCCAGGGUCAACCCAGCUCCAUCACUAAUGUCGUCAUCAUCAUCAUCAUUACGACCACCGUCAUCAUCAACGUCCUUGUUAUUGCCUCUCCAUGGUUGUUAGAAAAAAACCUCCACCUAAUGAGACUGCACCACUUGUUGUGAAGUCAACCCGUGGCCAUCCUGUGGAAAGACUGGUCCCUGUCAAUGAAACGUGGAAUUUCCACCACCACCACUGGCUCAAGACCGCCAGCCAUCGUGGAUAAGGAACUACCCCCCAUACACGGGAAUUAUUUGAUGGGCUGGCAUCACCACAACAAAGUGGCUGUAUUGUUGUAGUCGCAUUAUAAUUAUUACUUGUCUUGACUUGUUGAUAUGAAAAGCAGAUUGAAGAUUAUGCAAAUUUUGUUUGGUUGUAAAGGAGGAGAAAGAUCCAGAAAAUGGUGGCCAAAUGCUCAUGAUUUAUACUCAUGACCAUAACAUUUUCACCCCAUUGUCUUUCCCCGCCCCCGCUCCCCCCCACAAUUUUAUAGCUAUUCUAUCGGAGUUACGUCUUGAGACGAAUAAUCAAUUUGGAUUUCUCUCAGAGCAGUGCAGACCUUCCUGUUAAGAGGAUCGCCCACCUCAAGCAGAUACGAAAGAACUACCUCUUAAAUCCAUUGAAGUGACCUAUGAUCUACAAAUUAGGGGGGUUGCACUUUUCCCACCCACCCUUGCCACAAGAGAGUAAUUCUCGUCGCAUGAUAGUGAAAUCGAUCAAAUUAAAUGCAAGGCCAAAUUAUUUCGCGUGACAAUUUGUUGUUGUGCACUCAUUAGUGGACUGGGCUGAGAAACAUUGAUAAAUUUACACUUGAGAAACCCAGUUUAUUCAAAGGCCUGGAUUCGAACCUAAGCAUUUUACUGCACCCUGCACCGGGGCUCUGGCCUCUUGAGUCACCUCCUCUGCCACCUGAUUGCCUUUCACACACGGCAGAAACAGGAGGGCCGUCAUAGCCGUAGAAACUUUCUAGAGGAUGAGUUGAGCGUGAGUGGGCCACGUCCCUGACGUGUCGUCGUUAGCGUUCGGCUCGUUCUGCCACUUUAUUCCGUAAAAUUCCACGCAGUUACGCCAUUGCUUUGUGUUGCUCGUUUUAAGCCUAGUCAGGUGCCAAAUUCCCUUGACCAGCAUUGUACAGCUCUGUAUCAUAUAGAGUUUUGUUUUGCUUUAAUAUGCAGCUUUGAAUUCGUAUUCUGUAGAUUUACAACUCACACACUGUAUAGUGCUCAUUUUAAAAGUGGUAAGUUGACAUGACACCGUGUUUGUUUGAAAUAACCUUUUGUUAAGUACAUGAAUUAGUUUUUCUUUUUAGCCUUCUUAGUGUCAAUACUUAAGAGCAAAAAAAAUAUUUCCUAAGAAAACGGAGAGAAAAUCCAAAUAACUUUGUGUUGAUGCAAAAUUGUUUAAAUAUAGUAAUCAUAUACAUUUAUGUAUGAAUUUAGUUUUUUUCCCUUCUGUAUAAUCUAUUUGCUCGUACAGGGCUGCUUGCUGUCAUUACACGUGAAUGGCUGUGGGAUCCUACAUUCCCUUGUGGGUCUUACUCCUUAGACCGUAUAGAGUGACAUUUUAUUGAGUUGUAUAAGCGGCCUCAAUGCUUUGUUCUCGAGCUCUGUAAGUGAGAUCAACCAUGUCAACAUCCACACCUAAAUCGCAUCUGUAGUCUCCUGUUUUCUGGCAGUGGUGAUAUGUCUGGUUAAGAUUCGUAGUUGCAGUCUUGAACAUGUUAACGAAAAUCGUGACGCAAAGCGAAAAUGUGGUUCUUACCUCUGUAGAAAUCGUGUUACACUCUACCAUUCAGCAGAAUUAUUUUGAUAUAUUUAUUGCAUGAGGAUAAUGUCAUUCGGCAAAAACAAAUCACCACUCGAACUUUCGUGCACAUGAUUAUAUGAAAAUAGAUGUAUGGCAAUAAACAAAGGCAUUGUCUUGUAAUUGUAUUAAGAGCUUACGAAGCACAAUAUUAAAAACAAAAUUAUUAUCUAUAAAAUGACACAAUUUUCAUUCAAAAGUCACAAUGUGGCGUAUAGGGUAUGGAGUUUCUAAAGCCAAUGUUUUUUUUUGUUAUAAUGAACUUGAUGGGGAAUUGAUUAUAAUUUAUGUUGUACUUGUAAUGAAACCAUCCAUGUGAUGACAUCGCACUGUGUUUUAUUGAUGCUGUCCUGAAAUAUGCACUGGCAUCGUUCUUAACCCUGUUACUAUGACGUUCCUACUGGAUUGCCUGUCGCUUAGGGUCAAAUCAAGGCGUUUCCACGUACGUUGGAUUCUUGGCUGCAAUUUUUUACAAGGUGGACCAGACAGAUUGAAGCCCAUCAAUUACAAUCGAAUGCUAGUCCUCGCAAACUGAAUUUCCACCUUCACGUUAUAACGGAUUUAUUUUCGAUGAAACGGCUAACGUACCAUUGGCUUCAGACCAUUUAUUUUUUUCACAACGCUGGUAGUUGCUUCUGGUUCGGUGUAUUUUCGUCGCUGAAAUUACAGCACCAUAUAAAUUCCAGGCCUUGCGCCACCGCUGUUUUGAGUGUUUUGGCCAUAGGAGCCGAAAUUACGGAGACAAUAUUGAAACCAAACCCAUUUAGAUGAAUCCCGCUUCAUACCGUCGCAAUUAAGCUCACGCGUUAAGUCAUGCUUAACACAGUGCUGCAGCUUUUGGGUGUUAAAAUCUCAGUUGCGUCGGUGUGGGUGCAAGAAUUCUCCAUGCCGAGGGAGUCGCCCUAGGCACAGGACUGUGGCAGUCACUGCUGGUGAAAAGGGCCUCAACUGCAGGACACUCUCGAGAGCUCCUCUUGAGGGUACCUUGGGCCACUCUUUCGCGCUGGCCAAUACAUCCACAGCCAGCUGAUCGAAUAACUGUAGGAGUGUGCCCCCCAUUCAUACUGCCGGGUGUACAGAGGCGGGCGGAUUUAAAAAAAAAACUGCCCAUAGGUUCAUCAUGCCAUGAUUAACAAGGCCACAAAUGGCAGUGCUGCAAUGUUCUGUAUCAAUCAACUUUCUGACGUUUCCUUCCGCAGUAAAUACUUAACCUCUUCUCUUAUAUUGACAAACAUACUUACCAUUUAGGUGUGUAUAUACAUUUGCCCGUCAUGGAUUAAACACUUUACAUGUGUGUGUUGGAGCAAGACUGUUGUGUGUUUGUGGGGUUUAUCGAGUUAUAUAUAUGUUUUUGCACCAUGUUGAGUCAGGGUGCAACGAAUCAUCGCCCUACCUUCGCAACUCGAGAUUCGAUUCAAUAAUACAUUUUUUUAUCCAAUGCGUUGAAUGUAGCGGCCUUUUAGUGACUGCAAGGGGUCACGUCAUCAAAUUCAUUCUGGACACUUUCUCAAAAACAGCGAUUCUAGACGGGUCGUUGCAUGCAUCGUUGAGUCUACGAUUCGAUAAUAAUCGAUGAAAUUGACACAAAGUUGCACACCCGUAACGCUUAAAGAAGAAAUCAUUGGAUACGUCGCUCAAUAUACUGCAUCGCACACUACAGCAUCGUAUCUUCACAGCCUCCAACGUUGAAUGUGGAAUAUCUUUGACGAGUGGCUGUGAUGCGUGUUAACCUAAAUGCACUACCGUAAUUUCUUUCCUACUUUGUCCAUUGACUUGGCGGUAAUCACUCGUGCAGCCACGUCCAUUUCCACCAAUUGUCACCUGUACCCGCUCCCUCUUUUUCAGCUGGCUGUCAUUUUAGAUUUUUUUUUUACAAUUGUAUAUUUUCUGCAGUGUAAUACUUUAAUUGAACGUUACCCUGUUUGGAUGAUGGCGGGAUGAUUGGUUUAUAAUUAUUGUGCUUCCAUUUCGACGUGUAUAGUGUACUGCUUCACAGGUACCCCUCGAUUUACGAAAGGAUGCGUUCUUUAAAAAAAACGUAAAUUUCGUAAAUACAAAAGUUUUUUCCCAUUAAUUGAAUACGAAAAUUUAAGAAUGGGUUUCGGAUAGUCGCUCUAAUUCUGCUCCUAAUAUAAAAACUAUACACAUCACUUUUCACAAUACUAAAAUUAUAAUAUGAAUACGAUUGAACAAUAAUUAAUUUAAAACUAAAAUACUUCACUUUUUCAGGGCACUCGCUAAAAGAUCUGCAUGUUGGAAUGACUGUCACAUUGCGUUAACGCAAAAUUUCGUAAACCGAACCGUUUGUAAUUCGAGGGAUACCUGCCCUAUAUAUUGGUGCCAUGAGGCUGGGCAAUAAGAAGCACAGCUUCUGUGGGAGGAUGGGGGUUACAUUUUCUCAACAGUUCUCUGGCACCGAGUUCACUUAAAAAAAAGACAACUCAAUUAAAACUCACUUCUCCGUACAACCCAAUGGGCUUGAAGGCAUUUUUACAUUGGGCACACGCGACUGCUUCUCCAAUUGCAUACGACAGAUAGAUGGCUUGCUUUUGCCAACUCAGCAUAUGGAUUUAUUUUUAGGUAGUUGAGCAGUGUGUUUGUUGCGCGUGUGCUGAAUUGUCAACUUUGUCAGACACCGCCGAAUGCACACCGAGCACAAAUAAGUCUGGGACAUCACACGGAAGAGUCCUUGGAAGGCGUUAACGAUUUUAUUGCACAGGGUGCGAGCGUACAUUUUGGGACCAGUUGACUUGGUCCGAUUGAUACACGAGUGUCGUUUUAUAAAGAAUGCCAAGAGUCGUGAUUAUUUCAUUGCUCUGAUGUCUAUAUUAUACGGUAUUUUUUUUAAAGUAAACUGGUUACAAUUUUUUUUUAUUUCCCGAACAUUCACUUUCAGAAAAAAAAACGUUUCACGUCUCGAUUCUUGCAGUCCGUGUUCAUUAUUUUAACGACGGAUUGAAAUAAUGUGCUGUAUUUCAUUGCAUGCCAUUUAUUUUUCAAUCUUUAACACGCAUGCAAAUUUAAUAAUAUGUCGUGGCUAUAUAGAGUACUCUACACGCCCGACGUGGAAUAAAAGCAUUUAUUUCUACUGAAAUUCAAUAAAACAAAAUUGUCAAAAAAAAAAUUUUAUGCACAAGUUUGCCCGGUGAAAAUGUAUACUGAAUAUUUACCACUCCAGUGUAUUCGCCAGCUUUUUUGUGAGGACAACAUUGAAUACAAUUAUUGUUCGCAA